AUGCUAUGCCAGAAGCAGCCUCAAGACGUUCAGAAGACAGUAUUAAAGGGAAUCAUUAACAGCCUGUUACAAGAAUGGAAAGGUCCAUGAACAAAAGAUUAUCUUAGAGCAUAUUUUAUACCUUUACAGAAUCCUCAAUUUAAUAACACAUCUACAUAUGUCAUCUAUGCUCACUUGCUACAACAGAUAGCUAAGUUAGUGGAAGCUGACCAUUAUUUCCUAGUUCACUGGUUUAAAAAAUUAUCCCAGAAGAGGUUCAAACAAUUGGUAGAGAGAUUGCUGCAGUUUAUUUCUUUAUGCCUGUUUCCUGCAAAGCCUGAAGAAUUUCAACCUAUAUCAAAGUGUUCCUGGUGGAUCCCAUCAUCAUCUAAAGUGUUGGCUUUACUUAAUACUGCAAACAAUUUUGUUCUUCCUCCCCUUAUUCCUUAUACUGAUUUCUAUAAUUCUACAUUGGAUCAUAUUGAUCUCAUGGAAGAAUACCACACCUGGAAGAGUUUUGGAAAUUCUCAGCAGAGUCUGGUGUAUAAAGUAUCUAAAAGAGAUAUGAAUAUGUUAUUUCUAAAUAUGAAAGUAAGGCAGACACAUCUGGUCAGAGAUUAUUUUGAUGAGUUAACCCGGAAAAGAGCACACUUGAAAAAGAAGUUGAAAGUUAACUUUGUAGGGGAAGCUGGUUUGGGUAUGGGCUGCUUGACUAAAGAAUGGUUCCUUCUUCUAAUUCACCAAAUUUUUCAUCCAGAUUAUGGCAUGUUUACGUAUCAUAAGGAUUCAUGCUGCCAUUGGUUUAGCAGCUUUAAAUGUGACAACUAUUCUGAAUUCUGAUUGGUUGGAAUUCUUAUGGGACUAGCUGUUUAUAACAGCGUUGCUUUGGAUAUUCGUUUCCCGCCCUGCUGCUACAAGAAAUUACUGAGCCCUCCUAUUGUUCCUAAUGACCAAAAUACGCCAGUAGGCAUCUGCAGUGUUACCACUGACGACCUGUGUCAAAUUAAGCCUGAGUUGGCCCAAGGAUUAAGUGAAUUCCUAUCAUAUGAAGGCAAUGUUGAAGAAGAUUUCUAUUCAACAUUUCAGGUGUUUCAAGAAGAAUUCGGAAUAAUUAAGUGCUAUAAUUUAAAGCCAGGUGGUGAUAAAAUUCCAGUUGCCAAUCAAAAUAGGAAAGAAUAUGUACAGCUUUAUAUUGACUUUCUUCUCAAAAAAUCCAUCUAUAAGCAGUUUGCUGCAUUUUAUUAUGGAUUUCACAGUGUAUGUGCUUCAAAUUCCCUAAUGCUACUUCGUCCAGAAGAGGUUGAAAUUCUGGUCUGUGGAAGUCCUGAACUGGAUAUGCACGCCCUGCAGAGAAGUACUCAGUAUGAUGGCUAUGCGAAAACCGACUUGACUCUACGAUACUUUUGGGAUGUUGUGCUUGGAUUUCCUCUUGAUCCUCAAAAGAAGUUGCUACAUUUUACCACAGGAAGUGACAGAGUACCUAUAGGAGGAAUGGCAGAUUUGAACUUUAAAAUCUCAAAGAAUGAAACUUCUACUAACUGGUUGCCUGUGGCCCACACCUGCUUCAAUCAGCUUUGCCUUCCCCCCUACAAGAACAAAAAGGACCUGAAACAGGAAUUGAUUAUUGGAAUUUCAAAUUCAGAAGGUUUUGGACUUGAGUAA